AUCGCAUUUUUCAGCUUUGUUUCUUCCUCCCCUUUUUUCUUAUUGGCGCUUUACUCGGCAUUUGUGUGAUGCCGCUUUAUUUUGUAUUUUCUCCAAAUUGGAUUGGAAUACUGCUUAUCCUUGCAGAUAUCUAAGUAAUUUGUGUGAAAAACGUAAGGCAGUGUUAUUGGGAAAUUGGAGCGGUAGUUCGAUAACAUUCUACAAUACAAAUAUUCAAAUAUAACGUGAGUAGGUGCUACAAAGGAUGUCUUCGGCAGAUCCUAGCAGCAUUUCGGACGAUAUACCCAGCUCAUCAACAAAUAACGAGUCCCAAAAGUCUGGUGAUUUAAAAAACGACAAAACCUUUUCCCGCUAUCGUUCUUUGAUUGUGGUGGAGUGCGGCCUGAAGAUUGCCACAAAUGAGGCAACUUUGAAACGUUUGCAAAAUCUACGUAGGGAAUUGAAUUACAUUAACGAAACCGAUUGGAUGUAUGAGCCGGUCGAUAAGAAAAUCCCUUAA